AUGUCAACGAAAGGGGCCCCUCCAAUCCCUCCACGGCCUACUCGCUCACCAAAUAACGCCCCAACUUCCAACGCAAACCCACCCAAGAUACCCCCACGCCCAACAAGCCGUCCAGAUAGAAGCUCGCCGCCAAAAUUGGAUAACCCUUCUCCCUCUCCGCUCAAUGCUCCGCCUGCUUCUGGAUUAUUGAGUGCGGAUUCGCCAAUUGACCAUUCUUUCCGUCCCGAUAACGGGAUUCUCUCGUCAAUCGAACAAAAACAUGUUGAAGACGAUAACUCGGGUUCUCUAGAUGCUAAAGUAGCAGGUGAUGGGGUGGAACAGCCAGCAGAAACGAGAAAUGUCCACCACGACCUUCAUUUGCAUGCACCCCGGCCGUCCUUACCAACCUCGAGCGCGACAGCACAGGUCCAGGCCGUAACUAGGACUGAUGCUUCACAUGGACACGAAACAGGCUCAGAGGAGGAUGUUAGCCGCCGAUCGUUACAUUCUAAAGCUGACGUUCCACAUAUUCAACUUGAGUUGUCUAGUGCAUCGGCUGAUCGGAAAUCCUUUGCCAAUGAUGAAGAGACCGGUAUUCCCGAAAUCGGCCAACGGGUACCUAUGUACCCUAAUGCAGGAGAUGUACAGGCGCCAUCACCAUCCCCUGGGCCAACCAGCUCCCGUGGUAAUAACUCCCAAAAAGAUGGGCACGGUAGAACUCGGAGUAGGCAGGAAGCCUCUAUUCCUCCUGGAAGUUAUGGCCUCCAUGGCCACGGGGUAACCCCGGAUGACCCAUUUGAAAAGUCUUGGUACCAAAAACACCCCCAGGAACUUGCCCAUGAGGAGAAAGUACUACAUGGGUCAGGUGUGGGUAGUCCACGCCCAGAAUGGGCCAUGAGCACCGAUGACCUGAAUAAGAUUGUCAAAUCAUCCAUUUCUAAAGGCACAUCUAACGAUUCCGUGUGCACACCUGACGAAGAAAUCGGGAAUAUCAUGGCUGAAGAGCUCGCCUCUCGCUUCAAGUCCCCCCCAGCAGAGUCCCCGCUGCAGAAUGAAGUGUCUAGCGAACAGCCCACUGCCAAGUCGUUAUCCGAAAGCCAGAAGCUGGUAGACGCUGCAAAGGAGGCAAGGGAGGAUAAGGAUGAACAUCAUGGAGUGAAGAUUCAUAUUGACGAACCUUUACAUCACCAACAUCACCCUGAUGGCUUUGCACCAGCGCCGGACUUUAAUGACGCGAACAGGGAUGGUAUUCACGAUGAUGAGGAGGAAGAUGUCCCCGUGCUUGCAUCUGACGAGGUUGACCCGAACUCUGUGGGAUUACAGCCCGCGGUGUCUCCCCCGCUUGAACACCGGAAAAACGAUUCUUUUGGGCAUGAAGCUGAAUCUUCUCGGCGUAAACAGCCUAUUCGAUCUACGAGCGCUACAAGCAAAGCAUCUAAUAAGCAAACUGAGGGCCAGGAGGGUGAAGAUGUAGCUGAACCUACCGAGCAUGUCAGGAAAUACGAACCCCUAUUUCCUGACGAUGACAACAAAGAUCGCCUGUCUCCUGAACAGCGCUUCAAGUCACCAACCAGCCAGACACAGAGAUUUCCAAGUAAAGAUAUAUGGGAAGAUGCUCCGAGUAGUGCACAGCUACAUGCUACAGUAUCGACGCCGGACAUACCCAGACGUCCUAAAAGAGGCGAAUCCGAAUCAGAAUCCGUGUUUGAGACUCCAGAACAGGAGCAGGAACGAGUGAGGGAAGCAGACAAGCUUAAGGUGCAGUCGGGCUUGGAAGAAACUCCAGGCACUUCGGACGAUCUCAAAUCCCAAGAACAUGACCCAAACCAACGUUUUCCAAGCAGGGAUAUCUGGGAAGAAGCCCCCGAGAGUCAACAACUCACUACUUCUGUAGAAAUUCCCGAAAAGCCAGAGAAGCCAGAGAAACCUUCCUUACCGUCGCUUCCUCCUCGACCCCAAAGGCAGGAAGGUCGAUCUUCAGAAGAGCAACCAAGCGUGUCGCCCACAAAAUCUCAGCCUGUCAGCCCUACAGAAUUAAAGAAACGACCGUCAAUACCGGAUAGGCCUAAACCACAAAUUCCUCAGCGGCCUACCAGAAAGAAGAGCCAUGAUUCAGGUGAAACUUUGACGAAAACGAUAUCUGGAGGGUCAACGGACGAAGCAGCUCGCCCAGUCCCGAAAGCCAAGCCAGCCGUCCCGCCGCGGGCUGUUGGCUCGAAAAUUGCUGCCUUGAAAGCGGGAUUUUUGUCUGAUUUGGAUAACCGUCUAAAGCUUGGCCCACAGGCCCCUAAGCCCAAAGAGAAAGAGAAGGAAGAUGCAGAGAGUGCAGUGGAAAGAGGACCACUCAGUGAUGCACGUAAGGGGAGAGCUAAGGGACCACCAAGGAGAAAGCCUGCCGUUUCCAAGCCUGCCGUAGUAGAGAAGACCGAGAAGCCACAAACACCAGAAAUAAAACUUGCUGACCCAUGGAAUGUUUGGUCCAUCGGCCCAAACGGGGAGGUCAAUGUUCCCAGUGAGCAACCGAGCAAAACCCCUUCUGAACCCAGUGAUGUUCAAUCAGAAUCACCUCGCGACCCUCCGCCGACCAAGGUAACCGCCUCCCCUCCUAACAAUCUGGAAAGCCUUGAAUCAGAGGCAUCAACCAAAGCUACCGAUGCUACCGUGAUCCCAAGGGAUGAGGACAAACGUGAUGAUCAAGUCUCGUCUGAAGAGGUGCCUCCUUUACCAUCGUCAGCAGAGGAUAAACCAACUACUUCUCUCAUGCAACCCAGUGAACCCCAGGUACCAGAUAUCAAAGAGCUAGAGGAAGACGACGCCAAACUCCAGUCUUGUUCUGGAUUAAAGGCAGCAGAAGCUGCCCCGAAUGCUGCUGGUAUCACAGACAAAGAAGCUACCGUGGGUGAACCCGGCGUUCCAGUAGCCGAAGCCAAAGAGAUACUACCAUUAGCAGAGGAGGAGCCAAUUCCUCACCCCUUGGAAUCCAGUGAAAUGCCCUCUUCAAAGAUUGAGUCUAAGGCUGAAGCUGAGGCCCCAAGCAACAGCGAGAAACAAUAA